GUGCUAGGAAAUGAUAGGAACAGUUGGGCACAUUGGUUUAGUUGAGAUCAUUUAUUGCAUUUCACGUAAUAGUAUCAUGAGUGUGAAGCCCAUUUUACACUGAAAGCAACAUGGCUUACAUGUGUCAGGGCAUGAAGCAUUCAUUCCUGUGCUUUUCUUGCACUGGUUUACUAAACAUAAUGUGCAAAUGUUCUUAAAUACUAUAGACACGCAUUACUACUCUAUAUGAUUACAUAAAGUUCAUUAAUGCAAUGAGAUUUUCACUUCUACGCUCUGUGGCAGUUUAAAAGUUUUUCCUGAUGCCAGAGCACUCACUGUUACAGUAGUCUGUAGACUGAAAUAUCACCCAUGUGCUGUUUAGAUUAUGGGCAUACUCUGCAAAACAUAGCAUGAAUAUAGCAUGAAUAUUUUAAUUUGUAUUUUUUCUACAUAGAAAUCACUACCAUGCCAAAAAUAUCCUAAUUUAAUUUUAAAUAUCUGCUGUGCUCUGCUGUCGUAAAGGGCACUUUGAUUAACAUGAGUGUGCACUGAACACAGCGUUACAGCAGUCUGGUGUAAACGGGGAUUAAGAGGAGCUCUGUUUGAGAUUUAUGUACAGAUGAGGAGAUGAGAAAGCUGGACAGACUGAAGGACUAAAGCUCUGCUGCAUCACUCUCUUUAGGAAGACAUGAAGCAAAAAUCUCACUGACAUCGAAUGGCAUUGUGGGUAAACCAAAGUUAAAAUCACCAACAUGUACAUUAAAGAAGUCUAAAUUAAAAGAGUCAACAUGCAAUGUCAUUACAAAAUUAAUCUUCAGCGCCACUGAAGAAAAGGAUGUGGCUCACACACGAACGAAAACGAAAGUAAGAUACAACCAACUGAAAGUGUGAGCCGUGAGACGAAGGGCCUUUAUUUUCAGCAUAUUCUUAUUGAGAAAAUAUAAACAUUAAAAAUGAGGAUGUUUUUAUUUGUGACUCUCCUGAUCCUCUACAGCUUUAUGGAAUCUCAGUCAGAGCGUUUACAGGUGGUUGGUCCAGAAGCUCCUCUUGUUGCUGUAGCUGGUGAAGAUCUGGUUCUGCCCUGUUUUAUCAAACCCAGCACCAGCGCUGUGGACAUGACAGUGGAGUGGAUGAGACUAGAUGAAGUGGCUUCAUUAGUGCAUCUCUAUGAGGAUCAUGAAGACAGAAAUGUAAAUCAGGCUCAGCCCUACAAAGGAAGAACAUCACUGUUUAAAGAGGAGCUACAGAAAGGCAACGCUUCACUCAAACUCUCAGCUCUGCGAGUCUCUGAUGAAGGAAAAUAUAAGUGUCUCGUUGAGGACAAGUCCUGGUAUGAUGACACCACUGUUCACGUCACUGUUGAGGCUCAGGGAAGCCACCCAGUGAUCACGAUGGAGAGUUAUGGUAACUCAGGAGGGAUUAAUCUAGUGUGUGAGUCCAGAGGCUGGAAACCUGAACCUGAUGUUCUGUGGAUGGACAGAGAAGGAGCCGCUCUGCCUGCUGAAGAUACACAGACACACAGAGACACUGAGGGCUUCAGUGUGAAACGCCGCAUCACUGUUUAUGAUUAUAGCGACUCCAACAGGUUUUACUGCAGACUCCAACAAAAACAUCACAUGAUGGAGGCAGAGGUCAUCAUUAAUAGUAAAGUCUUUGGUGUUUGGAAGUGGGUUGUCGGCAUUUCAGUUUCAGCAUGUCUUACUGCUGUCGGUUUGAUAGUAACUGCGGUUAUCUGUUACAACAAAGCCUCAGAGCUUCAGAAGGAGAAGAGAUAUGCAGAGCUGCAGAGACAGAGAGUGGAAGAUGAGUUUAUAAAGAAGAAGAUGUUUGCAGUGGAUGUGACUCUGGAUCCUGAUACAGCAAAUCCAUAUCUCAUCCUGUCUGCUGAUGGAAAACAAGUGAAAGACGGAGACACACGACAGGAUCUCCCUGAUACACCACAGAGGUUUUAUCCAGGUGUUAAUGUUCUGGGAAAGCAGAGUUUCUCCUCAGGGAGAUUUUAUUAUGAGGUGCAGGUCAGAGGGAAAACUGAGUGGGAUCUCGGCGUCGUGAGAGAGAACAUUAACAGGAAGGGGAAGAUUACACUAACUCCUCAGAAUGGAUUCUGGACUGUGAUUCUGAGGAAUGAGAAUCAGUAUGAGGCUUGUGCUGGUCCCUCUGUCCCCCUCACACUGAGAGAGAAGGUGGAGAAGGUGGGGGUGUUUGUGGAUUAUGAGGAGGGUCUGGUCUCCUUUUAUGAUGUGAAGUCCAGCUCUCAUAUCUACUCUUUCACUGCUCAGUCUUUCACUGAGAAACUCUAUCCAUUCUUCAGUCCUUGUUUAAAUGAUGGAGGUAAAAAUUCAGCACCGCUGAUCAUCUCUCCUGUAUUUAACACUGAAUGAAUUUUCACCUCACAGAUUUAAUCAUCUAUUAAAUGCUGAGAAUAAAAAGAAAUAUUUUACUUUUUCUGGUGAAUUUUAGAAAUACAUAUUCCCUUUUAAAGUGCUGUACAGUUUAUUUUAAUACCUGGGGUUUGUUUUUAAUUUUAAUCCUACAGUCUGUUUUUACACAUUAUGAUUGUGGAACUUUGUCAUUACAAAUCAAAUAUUAAUAAAGAUCGUUUACAGUUC